CCAAAGUAUAUCAUGUCAUAAUCAUAUUUUUCUGGUCUCAUGAGUUGGUACAUAUACAUGAUUGAUUAGUUUAGGGUGAAAAAGCACAAUGGGAAUAAACAACUAGUCAUUGGUCAGAGAUCUAUCAGCCUAUUUAUCUUAAAGAUGUAUUUACAUGACAGAUUAGUCUAGAAAUCCUAAUAUAAAUUGAAUUCGAACUAAUCGAUUCAAUUCAAGGAUUCUAUUGACUAAAUAUGUUAAAUCUCGGAAUGCAAUCAAAAAAACAAUUUAGAAGAAGUACGUCUUCACUAUUAUCUUUAGAAACUUUUAUCUUAACUCACCCUGGUGGAUUAAGAUGAAAUAUUCGAUACCAUCUGUAUCAGAGGAGACAUGAAUGAAAUCAUCACUUUAUUACGGGAUUGCUCAAAUGGCAAGGCUUUUGCAGAAUAACUCAAAAUUGUUGAAGAUAAUAAACAGUUGAAGGUUCAAGAUGCUCCUUGGUUUGACUCCAGUCAACCCUAGACCUGUCUAAAUUGGAUAAUUAACGAAUUUGAAAAGUAAGUCACCCUGCUCUAUUAUAAACACAUUAAUUUCAUCAAUCACGAAUGCCUCCUCCAAUAUUGGAUUAACAAUGGCAAAAAUAUAAGGAGGAAGGUCACUGAUUGUGUUUCCACUGUCAUUCGACUAGAUCAGAAUAUUCAACUCUAAUACUACACCUCUUUCAUUAAGGAUCAUACAAUAAAUAUCCAGAGUCUUCUUAGUAAGUUUAACGACAAUCAGCUUGAAUCCAUAUUCUAUUUACCCUUACAUCAAGCUUUGACUCUUCAAAGUCUCUGUGAAAAGUUGGUACUUCAAAUCAUAAGGGAAUCUUAUAAAUAAUCGAUUUUGCAAGAAUUGGAAUGUUUAACAAAGAAUGAUCAUCAUCUAUAACAUCAAUAAGCAUCUCAAUAAAAAUUAAAAAAGAAGAAGAAAUAAAAUAAGUAAAAGAAACUGAUACAUUAAGUGACGUAGGAAAAGUUUCCCAUUGUUGUUUAGAAGGAGCAGGAAAAUUAGGAUGUUACUACUGACGAUAAUCAAGACACUGAAGAUUGGAUUGUAGUGACAAAGAAAAAAAAGUAGAAAUCUCCAAACCAUUCAAAUGCAUCCUCUACAAAUAAAGAAAAAUAAUUAAGUUUAGAAUAAUAAGAAUAAUAACCUUAAAUAUAAGAAAAUAGGAUCCAAAUGGAGAUUGAGGAAAUAAAUAAGAAUGAUUUUGAUAAUUAAGUAUAAGUAAAAAUUUUAAAUUAAGAGGAAAAAUAAUAAGAAUAGCAUUAUUAAUAGUAAUAAUAAUAAUAAUAAUAAUAAUAAUAAUAAUAAUAAUAAUAAUAAUAAUAAUAGUAAUAAUAUUAGUAAUAAUAAUCAUCAUCAUAAGUAUAAGAAUAGAAUCUUAGUACUCCUGAAAAGAAAAAACUAAUUAGAAAGAAUUUAGUUUUACCUAAAACAAUUGAAUUAAUUGAAAAUCCCAUAGAUGAAAAUCUUAUGAAUCAAGCAUUCUAAUAAAUGAUAAAAAAAUUAGAUCUUGACAUUAAGGAAUUUAUCGAUUAGAUCAGGAGGGAUAAUGAUUAACAAUUUCCAAUUAGACAGUUAGUUUUCAAUCGAAUUCAAUUCAUAAUUUAGUUCUUGUUUAAAGAUGCUGGAGUGUGUCUGUUUGGAUCUUGUGCCACAAGACUGGCUCUGCCUGAUAGUGAUAUUGACAUAGGGAUCACUGGUCUGGAGACGCAUCAAUUAAACCAAAAGAUGGAUAUUAUAAUAGAGUUCUUGUAUAAAAUGAAUUGGGUCAAGCGAAUUAAGUAAUUAAUUUAUUAAUGUUAGACCAAUCUAUCCUACGUAAACAACUCUGCCCCUCAUUAAACUAUGGGUGGACCCGAGCAUCCCCUUUAGGAAUGGGAAUAUGAAUUUGCCUCACAUUGACCUUGUGUGCCAAUCCCAGUUGAUUUAAGUAGAUAUCAGUUUCUUUGGACACAUUUAGCAUUAGGGAUUGACAUCAACGGAACUUACAUGCUAUUGGCUCCAAGAAUAUUAAGAGCUGAAAACAAUUACACUUUUAUUUAAAAGUCUACUUAAGAAAAGAGGAUUGAAUGAUUAAUCCAAAGGUGGAAUUUCGUCGUUCUGUUUGGUACUGAUUGUUGUGGCCUUUCUGGAGCACUAUUAUUAAUAAAACGCUGGAUUCCAUUCGAUAGGGUUGGCUACAUACAAAUUUCUAGAAUUUUAUGGAACCAAAUUCAACCCCCAUUCUAUGGGAAUCUUUUACAAGGGCUUUGACUAGAAGUAUGUAUAUUUAUAUGAUUCAAAACUAGUCCAUUUUUUUAUUUGGAAAAAGAGGACUUCUAGUUGACAAUAGUGAGUCCCAUCACCUAUGAUAUCAUAAGUCAGAGUAGUUCAUUUGUUUAGACUAUCCUAUAAGAUAUCAAUGGGUUGUUUAAUGCUUGCGAGAAUGAAACUAAGUUCUUCUAUGAGAAGGUUAAGUUCAACAAGAAGAAGAGAGGGAAGAAGGAGGAGCGAAAUUUGUUUUAUAAGGAAUUUGCAAAACUCACACCACUAUUUAGUACUUGAUU